CAAACUCAACUCACUACGGCCCUUGUCGACGGUGGAAGUAUUCCCAUCAUCCAGAACGCUCUCCUCCAUGAACUUCAGGCUUCAGGCUGGUCAACAAAUCUCAAAAACCACGUCACUCAACUCAUGCGUUCUGGCGAGUGUACCAAGUACGAUGACUUGAUGGAACGCAUUCUCGAAGAAGCUUUGGCAGAUCCCAACACUGCGAAAGACUCGAACUCUCCUUCUUUGGCUAUUCCCGAUGAGGCCAUUACUCAGGCUGUCAAGGUUGUCAAGAAGGAGUUGGACAAGAUCUGUCAAGUC